AUGCGAGCCUCCCCUCUGGCUGCUCCUGCAGGUGCCCCCUCCAGGAAGAAGCGGCUAGAGUUGGACAGUGACCUAGAUGCAGACUGUCCCACCCAGAAGCGAACUCGAAGUCAGCCCCAGCCCUGGCUAACCCCCUGCCUGCUGCCCCCAAGUCCACUCCGUGCCCCUGAUCUUGUACUUGCUGAGGCCACUGGCUCCCGAUUUGGGCCCUAUAUCCUCCUGGAGCCCGAGGAAGGCGGGCGGGCCUUCCGUGCCCUGCACUGCCCCACCGGCACCGAGUACACCUGCAAGGUGUACUCAGCCAGCGAGGCCAUGGCUGUGCAGGAACCUUAUGCGAGGCUGCCCCCUCAUGAGCACGUGGCACGACCUGCCGAGGUCCUGAUGGGCACCCAACUCCUCUACGCCUUUUUUGCACGAACCCAUGGGGACAUGCACAGCCUGGUGCGUCACCGCCGCCGGCUCCCUGAGCCCCAGGCCGCCAUGCUCUUCCGUCAGAUGGUCGCUGGGCUGGCCCACUGCCACCAGCAUGGUCUCGUCCUGCGGGAUCUCAAAUUGCAUCGCUUUGUCUUCACCAACCGUGAGAGGACUAAGCUGGUGCUGGAGAACCUGGAGGAUGCAUGUGUGCUGACCGGGCCAGAUGACAGUUUGUGGGACAAGCAUGCCUGCCCAGCCUAUGUGGGUCCUGAGAUCCUCAGCUCCCGGGCAUCCUACUCCGGCAAGGCAGCAGAUGUCUGGAGCCUGGGUGUGGCGCUCUUCACCAUGCUGGCCGGCCACUACCCCUUCCAGGACUCAGAGCCUGCCCUGCUCUUUGGCAAGAUCCGCCGCGGGGCCUUUGCUCUGCCUGAGGGCCUCUCUGCCCAGGCCAGGUGCCUGGUCCGCUGCCUCCUUCGAAGGGAGCCAGCUGAGCGGCUCACUGCCAUGGGCAUCUUGAUGCAUCCCUGGCUGCGGGAAGGCCCUCACCCUCUAGCCUCUUCCCAGCCCCACCCCCGGGAGGCUGACCAGGUGGUCCCUGAUGGGCUGGGGCCUGAGGAGACUGAGGAAGAGGAGGGAGACAGGGAAGUGGGUCUGUACAGCUAG